UUAUAUAUAAUAUUAUAUAAGCGAGCAGAAAUAAAAAAUAAACUUGGUUAAUAUUGAUGAAAUUUUUGACAAUACGCAACUCAUAUUGGUGAAUAUGAACUACCGCAACCCUGAUUCACCAUAGACAGCCAUGUUAAUUUUUGUUAAAAACUUAAGGUUUCGCUACUUCUUUAUACAUUGAUGAUUGUUCCUUGUGAUAACAUUUGAUGUGUAUUUAGUUGGAUUAAAAUAAUUUUUAAUAUGCUCUGUAAACUUUGUGUCAAAUAUUCAGAUGGUUUGCUAGGCAUAUUCAAAGAAGAAGGUGUUGAAAUGGGUAUUGCUGAUAUUAUCGGAUUACACUUUUGGUUUAAGUUACACUCUGAUGAUGACAUAUAUGCAGCUAUAUGCCAAGCAUGCUGGUUAAGAUUAAACGACUUUCACCGAUUUUAUAAGAUGGUAGAGGAGGCUCAUUCAGUACUUGCUGAUAACAGCAUUAAAAAGGAGCCCCUAAGUGAAUUAAUGGACAUUGAAUUUAUUGAUCCUGAUCUAAGUAUUAAAGAAGAACCCGAUGAAAAGACAAAUUCGAAGGCUAAAAAGUCAACAGACAACUCGAGUGAGGUGAUAAAUCAAUUUUGCGAAUUAGAAAUGCCCUCUUCAAUUAGUAACGAAGCAACAAAUACUGAAACGGACCUGCUAAAUCCUUUUAGCGAACUAAGCUCCCAUAAAAUAAAAAAUGACAUUUUCGAAGAACUUGAAUUUAAGAAUGAUGCAAACAAUUUGCCUAAGGUUGCAGGUAAUAUAAGGCAUAAAAUCAACAAAUUCAGAAAUCCGAAAAAAGCAAAAAUACGUCACACGGCAAUUUUUAGGCUCUAAAAAAAUGAAGCGUAAAAAUGAAAGAGAUAAAUCUACAAAACCAAAUGAUUGUCCGAAAAAGAUUAAAGGUCGGUCAAGUAUUAAAUCGAG